GUAAUCUAUGUUGACCUAGAAUGAGGUACAAGGUUGCACGCUGGAAUCUAGGUUGCAUAUGGAUCUAUAUUAAGGGUUCCCAGUUGGUGGGAAUGAAAACUACAUUUGUUCUUUCGUUUUACAGAUGGAGAAUUGUAAUAUAUCUAAUUGUAUUAUGUUGUUUGUAUUUAUUCCUGUGGUGCCUUACACCUUCAGAAUUUGUCUCAGAGUUCGUAAAAACUGAUGAACCACAUGAAUGCGUUGUGGAUCGUCUAAAACCAUUUGAAGAGAGGAUACGCGAUUUAGAUGCAUUUCUAAUUCAACCAGAAAAUCCUCAAAGUGAUCUAACAUUUAUAGGAAAUGGUGUAAUUGGGUGUUCAUUUCAAGAAGAUGGAAUAGUGAUCUUUAAUAAUGGGUUUUUGUCUAAAACUCUUAAUAUACCAGUAUUGCUCACCUUAGAUGUUCAUGGAUAUGUCAAUUUCAAAGCCCUACUGUUAGAUAUUCGAAAUGGAAUAAUGCACAAAAUGAGUUGCUUCAAGCAUGUAAAUGAAUUGUGCGUUUCAUCCGGGACAAUGGUUUACGCUCAUCGUCGUUAUUCAAGCCUACUGAUUCAAACAUUCAGAGUUUAUAAUCCUAUGGACUGGGAUAAUACUGUAAAAAUUGAAAAGGGUAACCUAAAGAAUUGGACAGAACUUACAUCUCUUCGACUUUUGAAACUUCAAAGAAAGAGUGAGAUAAAAAAUCAUGCCUCUGAAGAAGUAACUUAUCAAGUGGCCUGUGGCAUUGUACGCUUACCGUCUGUAGAAAAUAUUCAUACAAAUACUCAGGUAUUAUUAGUUGUUGUCUACGAACCAGUUUUCCCUGAUAAUCUCACAGUUCCAUCUGGAUCGACACAGUCAUACACAUUUAUUACUGGUAUACAGAUAUCCAGUCAACCGAUCUCUGUAACUGAACAUGAUUUAGUUCAAUUCAAAUCAGAUCUUGGUCCACUUGCUAAAGAAAGAUCACGUUUAGAGGGAUUAGUUUUCACAGAGUUAACAUUUGCGCUACGUUAUCCUGAGAGUGAAUUACGCAAAGAACAUAUGGAUGCUUGGAAUCUAUUAUGGACAUCAGGUGUGACUAUCAGUCAUUCAUAUGCUCCUGGAGUUGUCAAUCCAAAAGCAAUCAAUACAACAUUAUAUUAUCUUGCGUCAAAUAGUCCAAAUAGUCUAUUGUCUUCUACACAAUCGUCAGGCAAUAAUUUCUCCGCCAUCAACUUAUAUAAACUACGACAUCAACAUUAUGAUCAAUGCUUCCGUGGUACAUAUACUCUGUAA